AUGUCUGCCAAUCAUGCUACCAACGGUACUGUCAAGUUGAGUGAAGAGGAGAUUGCCCUUUAUGACAGACAAAUCCGAUUAUGGGGGCUUGAAGCUCAAACCAAUAUGCGUUCCGCCAAAGUUUUGCUGAUAAAUUUAGGAUCCAUUGGGACUGAAAUAACGAAGAACAUUGUUUUAAGUGGGAUCGGUCACUUGAACAUAUUGGAUAAUCAUAUUGUAACUGAGGAAGACCUGGGUUGCCAAUUCCUCCUGGGUAAAGAAGAUGUGGGUAAGAACAGGCUUGAUGCCACCAAAACAAGAAUCCAAGAAUUUAACCCAAGAGUGAAUUUGAGUUUCGAUAAAGCUAAUAUAGAGGACAUGGAUGCCUCUUACUUCAAGAAGUUUGAUUUAGUGAUAGGUACUGAAUUGAACACUAGAGAGGCAAUUACCCUUAACACGAUGACUAGGCAACUAAAUAUUCCUUUGUAUUUAGCAGGAUCCAACGGGUUAUUUGCCUACAUAUUCGUUGAUCUUAUCCAAUUUGAUGCUGAAGAUGAGAAGCUGAGAAGCAUAAAGGCUACAGAACCUGGGAAAAUAUCUCAAAAUAGAGAAAUCAUAAGCAUAGAUGAACGCAUUAGUGAAGAUGACGAUAAAAUUGUUUACGAAAGGAUUAAAACCAGAAAUUUGUACAAACCAUUCCAAAAUAUGUUAGAUGAUGCUACUCUAAAUGGGAAAUUGACUCACAGACAAUUAAAGAGAGUGUCUAAUGCUCUUCCCUUGACGUUGGCUUCCUUUUUGUCAUCGUUUGAUGAUUCUUCGAAAGAAACUUUCGAAACUCAAACGAGAAAUAUGUGCCUGAAAUUAGGUUUACCUAUUGAGACAAUUUCUACGCAAUAUACAGAGCAAUUUAUCAGACAAAGGAAUGUAGAAUUUGCACCCGUUGCUGCUGUUAUAGGGGGUGCUCUAGCUCAAGAUGUGAUUAACAUUCUAGGAAAAAAGCAGUCCCCUCUCAACAAUUUCAUUAUCUUCGAUGGGAUAACAUUAGAGAUGAGAAUCUUUGAGCUUUAA